AUGUCUGCGGCAUCAGGACUCGUUGAGGCAGAGCCUGUCCGCAGGAGGGAGGUCAGUCUGGCUUCCCCGCGCGCCUGGAGCCUCUCGCGGCCACACGGCGUCGCUGUCGGGCCAUCCCGGCCGAUCGGGAGGCGCACGGGGCUGCGCGGCGGUGGGGCGGCGGGGCUCCUCACGAUCCCACCCGGGGCAGCUGUCCUGGGCCCCGGGCCGGCUGGGGUCAGCCGCCUCCCGGGCCCCAAACCACGCCGAGGUCCGCAGCCGCCGCUGUGGUCCUUCAGAGGGCGCCCCCUCUCGCUGGGCGAGGAGCCCCCCACCACCUUCGGCGAGGGGCUGCCUCCAGAAAGGCUGGCUGAAGAGGCCCCGGUGGUCCAGACGCCCCUUAUCCUGGGCCUGGCCAACCACAGCCUGCUGCAGAUCUUCCCACCUGUCCCCUGUCCCACCCCUGUCGCCCGCCCCCCAACCGCCUCCACGGGGCUCUGGGUGCUCCAAGAGACGUGCCUCCGUUUCACAUAUUCGCCCAAUGCCAGCCUGCCCAACGACACCACGGGGGCCAUCGAGUCGUGCCUGGACAGCUGGGCCUAUGACCCCAGCACCACGGACCCUGUUGUCCCUGAGUGGGACUUGGUGUGCGGCUCCAGCAAACUCAAGGAGGUGGGCACAGUGAUUGGGGGGAUUGUGCUGGGAAAUCUAUCUGACCGGUUUGGCCACAAGCCGAUCCUGGCCUGCAGCUACCUCCUGCUGGCAGCCAGUGGCUCCAGUGCAGUCUUCUGCCCCAACCUCCACCUCUACCUGGCCUUCCGCCCCUUGAGUGGUGCGCUGAGCUCUGUUAUCUUGAGUGUCGCAUGUGUGCCCAUCCAGAUGCAGGCCAUCACGUCAACUUUAACUGGUCACUUCUACACCGGCGGCCAGUUCAUUCUGACGGGUCUCGCCUAUGUUAUCCGCCAGUGGCGCUGGCUGCAGUUAACCGUGUCCAUUCCCUUCUUCGCCUUCUUCCUGUUGUCCUGGUGGAUACCAGAGUCCGUAUGCUGGAUGGUCCUGUCUGGGAUCUCAAAGGCCCUGAAAAUACUCCGGCAGGUAGCUGCCCUGGAUGGCAAGAAGGAAGAGGGAGAAAAGCUCACCAUGGAGGAGCUCAAACUCAGUCUGCAGAAGGAGAUCUCCAUGGCCAAGGCCAAGUACAGCAUAGCUAACCUAUUCCCGACACCCAACCCUCACUGUGUGACCUUCUGUCUUUUCCCGGCCUGGUUUUCCACUGGUUUUACCUACUACAGUUUGGCUAUGAGUGUGGCAGAAUUUGGAGUCAACCUCUACUUCCUCCAGCUCAUCUCUGGUGGGGUUGACUUCCUGGCCAAGUUCAUCAACAUCCUCUCUAUAAACCAUCUGGGCUGACACACCACCCUGGCCAGUGUUCUACUCCUGGCAGGAGGGUCCAUCCUGGCUCUCAUCUUUGUGCCCUCGGACUUGCAGACCCUGAGGACAGUCCUGGCUGUGUUUGGGAAGAGACAAUUGUCCAGCUCCUUCAGCUGCCUCUUCCUCUAUUCAAGUGAGCUGUACUCUACUGUCAUUCGGCAAACAGGUAUGAGCAUUAGCAACUUGUGGACCCACGUGGGGAGCCUGAUGGCCCCACUGGUGAAAAUCACAGGGGAGUGGCAGCUGUUCAUCCCCAAAGUCAUAUUUGGAAGCAUCGCCCUCCCAGGAGGCAGUGCUGCCCUCUUCCUGCCUGAGACCCUCCAUCGGCCCUUGCCAGAGAAUAUCGAAGACGUAUAAACCUGAUCAGUCCCUAGCUUCUGGUCCUGGCAGGCAAAGGAACCAAAGUGGGAACAAGAAGGGAAAAAAGCAUCCCAGAGGAUACCUCUGCAGCCUUGUGGACCAGCCUGGACCCCAGCUGAGGGCAACAAGUGA